UUACUACUACACCUAUAAAUUCCCUACUCCUUAAACACUACUCGUCACUCAAACAUCUUUCAUUCAUUCACUCCUUUUACCAUCAAAUAUUAAGCAAGUUACAAAAUUAUUAAGUUAUGGGUGUUGUUGCUCUUGUUAAUGUUCUCGUAGUUGCCUCAUUCGUUGCUACAACUUUGUGUGCUGGUAAUUUUAACCAGGAUUUCGACAUCACUUUUGGUGAUGGUCGUGCUAAAAUCGUAAACAACGGCCAACUCCUUACACUUUCUCUUGAUAAGGCCUCUGGCUCUGGAUUCCGGUCUAAGAACGAGUACCUCUUUGGUAAAAUCGAUUUGAAAAUCAAGCUCGUCCCUGGAAAUUCUGCUGGAACUGUUACUACCUACUACUUAUCAUCCGAAGGACCUAACCAUGACGAGAUAGACUUCGAGUUCUUGGGUAAUGUCACCGGUCAACCUUACACUCUCCAUACCAACGUUUUCGCUCAAGGGAAAGGUGGCCGGGAACAACAGUUCCGCCUUUGGUUUGAUCCUACUGCCGACUUUCACACCUAUUCCAUUCUUUGGAACCCCCAAAGGAUUAUAUUUACAGUGGAUAAUACACCUAUUAGAGAAUUCAGGAACUGGGAAUCCAUUGGAGUCCCAUUCCCUAAGAACCAACCAAUGAGGGUAUACUCGAGUCUAUGGGAUGCCGAGGAUUGGGCAACACAAGGUGGACGUGUUAAGACAGAUUGGUCCAAGGCUCCAUUUACAGCUUCCUACAGAAACUUCAAUGCUAAUGCUUGUGUUAUGUCCAAUGGUAAAUCCUCUUGUAGUGGUUCGAACCGUGGUUCCUCUUCCUGGAUGAACCAACAGCUCGAUUCCUCGAGCCAGCAAAGGCUACGAUGGGUGCAGAAGAAUUACAUGAUUUACAACUACUGCACUGAUAUUCAAAGGUUUCCUCAAGGUCUUCCUAAAGAGUGUACUUCCACCAAAUAAGUUGUUCUUAAUACGUAGUUUGUAAUUCUUUUUAAAAGUAUAAAUUAUCUAUUAUGAUUCGUUUUUGUAACAAAUUUCAUAUGUAAAAUUCAUCAAUAUUCAUUUAUUAAUGUAAUGAAGCAGUUUUCAAAUAGAAAAUUAAAUUAUUAUAUCACAA